AUGGCGACCCCCCAAGACACACAGCCUGAGGACCAGCACAAAGAUUUUAAGAAGAUCCAGGGGCCAGGAGUUGCUGGGUCCCUGUCUGUGAAUGCCCCCAACCCAAAAGCAUUCUCAGUCAUUGUGGCCUCGUUGCCUCCCAAAGAGCAACAGAAAGUCAGCGACUCACCACACGGGCCGCAGCCUACUCAGCUUUCUCAGCCUUCUCAACACUCCUUCAAGCGGGAGCCCACAAUGGCGUAUGCAGGCCCCUUUCGCAUCCUCCCCAGGGUGGGCACGCCUGUACCCUUCCACACCACUUGUCCAUUCUGCGGCAACUAUGUCCUCACGACCACCAGUUCCACCCCAGGGCUGCUCAGCUGGGUACUGUGUGCCACCUUCUUCCUUUUAGGGUGUGUGCUGGGCUGCUGUCUGCUGCCUUUCUGCAUGCGUGAGAUGAUGGACGUGAGGCACAAGUGCCCCGUGUGCGGAAACGAGCUUUACCGUUUCCAUCGCCUAUGA